CACACGUGUCGGCCAUCUUUUUCUCGCCGGUUCACUACGGAAGUUCAGUAAUAUUUUUCUGCCAAUUCCAUAUUUCAAGAGACGACAACAGAAGACCAAAUUUGAUGAGAAAUUAAAGAUCACAGCCUCAACAAAGAUCGUCAAAACCUGCAGUAAAUUCCUCCAGUCUCAAUAGAACUGUUUUUGAAAGUUUCUUCAAAUUCCACCAAAGAAGGUCAGUUUUGACGUCAAAGGCGACGAAAGGUUUCUGUUUUUGAACCACUUGGACAGACUUCUUACAACUGGCCCACACUUUUUGAAUGACCGACAUGGAUACGCAGGACAACUGUAAUGCAGAAAAUUACCAGCAUAAUUUCUCUGGUAAAGAUAGCAAGUGUAACCUUAUUGUCAACUACCUUCCCCAGGAGUUGAACGACGAUGACAUGAAGGAAUUAUUCGCGGCAAUCGGCCCUGUCAAAAGUUGCAAAAUCAUCCGGCACAAGCACACCGGGUGGAGUUACGGUUUCGGCUUCGUUGAGUAUGGUGAAGCGGAACAUGCUGAGCAGGCAAUCAAAACCUUGAAUCGCUUGCAGUUGAAGGAGAAGACCCUGAAAGUUGCAUACGCGAGGCCGCCCGGUGAAUCUACGAAAAACACAAAUCUCUAUGUCCAGGGCCUGCCAUCGACCAUGACGCAGUUGAAUUUGGAAGAUUUGUUUAAGCCGUAUGGCGUUAUAAUCCAGGCCAAAAUCUUGACCAAUCAGACCGGCGAAUGCAAGGGGACGGGGUUUGUAUUGUUCGAGAACAAGGACGCAGCCCAACAGUCCAUUGAUGAUAUGAAUGGGAAGGAUGUGCUUGGCGUGGGGAAGAAUUUGGUUGUGAGGUUUGCCCAGGAUAAUGCUUCGAAGGUGCGGGCGCCACCUGGUGGUCAUGAAGGUGGACGAGGAGGAGGCCGUGGUGGUGGACGUGGAGGAGGAUUUGGUGGAUACGCAAUGGGUGGAGGUGGCGGCCCAGGAUUUGGUGGCCCGAUGAGGAACCAAGGUGGACGAUUUGGGAAUCGCUUCAACCCUAUGCAGGGUCAGGGCGGCUACAAUAACAAUAGUGGUGGCUUCUAUGGAACCGGAGGCGGUGGUGGAUACAAUCAAGGAAACCCCAGGGGUGGUUUCGGUGGUAACCAAGGAUACGGCCGCGGUGGUGCUCAGAACAGUUACAAUAAUCAAGGAUAUGGCGCUGGUGGUGGUGGUGAUUAUUUUGAUGAGUACAGCCACUAUGGUCAGGGGAAUGGUUUUGCAAAUCCACGUGGUGGCAACCGAGGGGGCGGUAGCUUCCAACAGGGUGCUGGCGCAAGGGGUGGUUUCAAUAAUGGCGCCAUGAAUCAGAAUUUCCAGAAUGAUGACUUUUUCAUGGACACUGGCUCUGGGGCGGAGGCGGAAGGUCAUAUUUUGUUUGUUUACAACAUCGGACCCGACACCCAAGAGCAUCAGUUAUGGCAAUUGUUCGGCAAAUAUGGCACCGUCUUGAAAGUUAACGUCAUGUUCGACCACAAGAACAACAAGGGUAAAAACUAUGGGUUUGUUACGAUGGCAAAUUACAACGAAGCUUGCCAGGUGAUUAAGAUCUUGAAUGGCAAGUCCGCACUUUGCCAGUAUCCCCUACAGAUCAAGUUCAAAGAUGAUAAGAAUAACAAAAGUUAAGGUGGAAAAUAACGCUAGGAAAUUGAUAUGUUGGAGUGAAUUGAUAUGUCAGUAGUAUGUCUUUCUGCGUGAUUGUUAAACUUGUCUGCUGUAACUUGUCUAAACGUGUCGGAAGUGUACACAUUGAGCUGAGGGGUGUCCCUUGUGAGAAAUCUUAUUAAAGGGGACGAUGAGCUAUUUCUGUUGAAUUGCAAUUAAAUUGUGAGACAAUAAAAAUCGCAUCCUUGGCCUUAAAGGAAAAAAUCAAUGUAUAAUCCAAAAAAAACGGAAAUAGUGAGCAGUUGGCUGUGAACUGAUCUUUGUGCUCAGUCUUGAAGACGUAUAUAUAUAAAUAAGCUUUUGAUAUAUAUCUGCUAUUAGAUUUUUUCCUGAAGCGGUGGCAUAGUGACGUCUGGAAUGUCGUGCAAAACGUCUAUUGAUCGCUUGUAGGGAAUGGAGAAUUCCAGCAGAUGUCACCAGCAGUACAGUCUCCACUGCUGUUGUCAGUUUGCCUUUUCGUCAGGAAAAAGAUCUAUUCAGGUAAAUCUCAAUGUGUGAGUUGUGUGGCAAUAAUUUGCUCUCUGAGAGUAAAAUCACCAAUGGAAUAUCUGAGAGACACUUGGUCUUGACUUCUCUCUGAUGGUUUGAAAGGAACGGAUCACAAACACUGGCAUGUUGAGAAUGAGAGGCACCCGAACGUCAAUUUGGGGGUUUCAAUUAGAAUUGCUUUUGUGUGUCCUUCGUGGAGUUAAAAUAGUCAAGUUUCACAAACUAGAUCUUCAAAAAUGAUGGAGAAGAAAAAGAUGGUAAGAUACGAAGACUAUAAAUAUGUAGACCUACAAGUUGAUUUGAGGAGGUAAAUCAUGGUGACUACAGUGUGGGUUAUUGUAAAGCCUGUCAACCGCACCACCUGUUACCUUUUCCUAAAGUUUUAUCCAUGACUUGUGCAGGUAUCAUCUAAAACAUUGAAAAUUAAAAGAUUAUUCUGCUGUAAAAUCAGUCAGGAGCUGUCACAACCAUGUAAAUGGUAGUGUCCUAUCAGUAAAAUUCCUGAACAUUGCCUUUGGCAUCACUUUAUAUGAGACAGGAUGGCUCUUGACUGAGGUUGCAGUAUUGUAUUGUCAAAUUGGGACAUGCUCUUCCUGGUAGCAGGACAAAUUAGGAAGAUAUUGUGGUGCUUUUCACAACAGAGAUGCCAAUUGGGCACUGCUGAAACUACUACACGAGAGACUAAGACAACUUAGGAUGUCUUCGACAGUUUGUAUUCGUGAGUUUACUUUAUUUCAUGACUGGAUUCCUAGUCAAAUUGGAAUCUUCGGAUCCCAAGGAACAGCAUGUCACGAGUCUUUUCUAAACUUUUGUAUAUAAAGAGGUAAGAUUUUAUCAUUCUUCAGUCACAUUACUCUCAAAUUGAAUAUCGAGCUGGACAAAAAAACUGACCGUAGGAAAAGUGUGGGUAGGAAGCAGUAAGAUGAAGCAUCCACUAACGGAGGAAAGAACUGUGAUCUUUUAACAUAUGCACGGAGACGCUAGGUGUAGAAUUAUGUUGUUGUCGUUGCGCUGUUUUGAGAUGCAGAUAGAGAUCUUCAAAAGCUUGAGAGGUCGUAUAAACACUGUGAAGUGUGAUAUGUAUGUUAGGUGAUGUGGACUUGUUUUGGUAGCAGUAUAUGUACAUGCAAAUAUCCCAAUGGGUGGCGCUGAUUUUCACGUAUGUGUCGGUGACGUCAAAACUCCGACAGGAUUUCAGGAUACAGAGGAGGACGACUAACAGGAUCGGGAAACAGGAUCGGCAGUAUGAUGAGUGAACACGAAGAAAGAGGAGGACAUGUCGCGUCUUUGUCCCACCAUGCAUUACCGUUAUGACAGUCAGCGCCACGUAGCGGCAGCCAUAGUUUUGCUGGUACCCUUUUGUUCCCAAAGGUUCCCUCCAUGCUGUUCAGUCAGCAUUUGAUGGGUACUAUGGGCAGAGUUUCCUCGGUAACGAUUGGUCAAGUUGUGUUGCUACCAUUACAAGUCCUGGCUCUUAAAAUUGUUUCAAUUUUCAUUAGUUUCAAAAGAUUAAGAUUCUGAGAAAAUGCUCUCCAAAAAAGCUAAUGUAAAGUCUCGGGAAACAGGGAUGCAACCUUCAGGGGGCCUCAUAGACUAGUAGAGGUUGGCUUCAAAAUUAAUCAGCUGUGAUCACCGACUAUAUCCUCGAGUUUGAUGUUGGGUGAUAAGAUGUUCUCUUGUUAGAGUCUCUGAAGUCCAUCAUUCACAAGAGGUCCCGUGACAAUGUUUUGAAUAUGAAGGAAGUUGUAAUUGUGUAAUUUGUUCCAAUUUAUGAUGUUAUAAUGUUAGUACCGGUUCCAGUGUAAAUAUUGUUGAGAAACUAAAGGGGUUUGUCUCAAAGUCUUCAGCGACUUUUGAGACGAAAAAGGAAUUGGCAGCAGACUUCUAACUGCUUAGUCCUGCGUACUCCUUACCAAGGCAGGUUCGCUCAAGCCAGUUAUCACCCUGCAUUUGCAUCACCUUGUCAUUAUAUCAAUUUUGAAGACUUAAGGACAAAUCCCUUGAAUUUCUCUGGUUCAGCUAAUACAAUCAUACAUUGACGAUUUUGCUCACAAGUGCUUGGAAAUUAAAUUUCAUCUCUUAUUCUGCAAGGUAGAUUAGUUUAACUUCUUAUUCUGCAAGAUAGAUUUCAGUGUUCUCCAACUUGUCCAAGGAGCUUAGAAUCUGAGACUUUGCUUUAAAGAGACUAUCACUAUAAAACUAAGGCGUUUGAUCCAGCCUACAUGUAUAAAAUGUUACAACUUGGGGAAUCGGCUUUUCAACUUGUCGGUAAUCAUUUGUAUUCUUGCAGGCUCUCCAACAGACUGAGCUGGCUUAACCUGGGAAAAUGAGUGCAUCGCAAUGUUACAGCCAAUAAGUGUGCUCAGUUUAGUUGGGAGGCCAGCCUGAUCUUGGUGAGCUGAAAAAUGGAUUCUCCAGAGUGGUGACCCUGGUUGGAUGAAAAAAGUGCAGAGAGCAUCUCGUGCAGUUAUAGCUUAAUGUGAGUGUUUUGGCAAAGAAAGAUUUCCAUUUAUCAAGUGUAAGGGAGAACACUGUAGGUUGUAACUGUAAGUGUAAGGGAGAACACUGUAGGUUGUAACUGUAGACACUUCGAACUUAUUGUAUUCAAGAGGCUGUGUAGUUUCUUUUUAUCCGGUGUCUAAUUUUGUUUUUAGAAAUAGGUUUUUCAUUAUUUCAUGCAAAAGUGGGUGGAUUUUGAAUUGAUCUAUGAUUUUUGCCACAACCUUGAGCACAUGGCCCAUGGGGUCACUUAGCUAGUUCAUUUCUGCUGCUGAUGUUGUUGUUGAGGGUGUCCUGACAGAUGUGUUUUUGUUGGCAGACAAUUGGAAAGGGUGGGUUAAAAUAGCUCAUAGUUAACGUAUUUUGUGGGGAACAGACUUAUGGUGAAAAAUAUUUCCAACAUUCACAGGCCUUAAUAGUGUUCAACCUCAAGUGGUUGUGAGAUUGUCCUUAAAAAUGAUAUGGUAACUGUUGCAGUUGUGUAAAAGACCAAUACCCAUCAAAACAGGUACCUGUCAUAACCUGUGAUGCAAAAGUAAAUUCGUGGUCUGAAUGUGAGUGAUGUCGUAGUGUCCAUAUUUCCCUCUGAUCUCAUUCUUGACCCUGGAAGCAAAACGUUGUGCCGACAAAAACCAUUUUUUCGAGACACCUGGUCAUUUCGCUAAUGUGCACAUCAUGAUUGUUUGCUGUCAAUAUUUUAGCUUCUUAUGUUAUGUGUUCAUUUGUUCUAAUUUGCAUAAUCUUUCGCUAAGAUGAUGGUGUUUUUUCACAAAACCAUUUGGUUUGUUCAAACAGGGAGAAAGAUUGUGGUGUGUUAAGUGGGGAAGUGUAACGUUGGAGGUUCUAUUGGCACCGUUUCAUCGUGGCGUUGUGCAUAUUAUCACCGAAAUACGAUUGAAAAUAACGUUAUGACGUAAACGGUAAUGAUACUAAUACGAUCCUUGAGGCAAUAUUUAUACUUCUGAUGUUAGUUUGAAUUUUGGUCUUAGUCUCUUACGAGUUUUGAUAGGAAAAGAGGUUGUGCUGUUACUGUCUCAAACUAAGAAGCUUGUUUCUGUGUUUGAGACGUCUGCCAUGUGAUUGGAUUGGUUUGUACUUAUAGGGCUUGUUGGUUUCAGACAUCUCUGAUGGCGGGACAGACUUGAUAUUUGAUGCCAUUUUGACCUUAGCAACGUAUGAGCACCCAUCUUUUAGCAAUGGUGUCCAAGCAUGCUGCUUGGAACUAGCAAAAUUUGAUUGUCUUCGGUCUGCUCACCAAGCGUUACUUUGUUGGUCAAUUUACUGGGCAUCGCCUGACCCCCAUCAAGAGUAUCAGGAUCCAACAUGCUCCAAGAGAAAGAAGACUCUGAGAAAUCGGUGUCAUUUGUAGUCAAGAAAGGAGAGUCUGUUGAUUUUCAUUUUAAAGGACAUUCCCCUUGUUCAUUGCUUUAACAUGUUACUGGUUUAGCCACUUAGUAAUUCUUGUCCAAUAUUCUCAUAAAUGUUAGGAAAUUUUGUUAGGUUACAUCAGUGUGGUCUGAAGGUCCAUCUCCAGAAUAAGCUAAGCAGAUAGCUUUCUUCUAACAUGUUAGUAGAUGGCUGCACCCUUUUUAAACUGGGUAAAAGGAGCUAACACGCAACUACUGCAGAGAUUGGACGCCCGGACCUAGUUGUAACCUAUUGGCUAUAGAGGGCUAUAGAGGGCUGCCAACACCACUGACGGCAUACAGUUUAUGGUCGAAGAGCAGACGGUCCAUGGUUUAAUGUGAUUUAUUUUGGGAAAGAGUUGGGAUGGAUUACUGAAGAUUGUUGAUCAGAAUUGUAAUUUGUUGUGGUUAAGAGUAAAUGGUUGGGCCAAUGUCUGUAAAAAUAACAUGACAAGGCUGAAGUCAGGUUGGUUGACUUCAAGAAGUCACGAAGAUGAAGUGGUCGUUCAAAUGACAAGACGCCAUAGCCAGGCCAUGCAUGCCAUGAUUGAACACAGUUUGCAACAAUGUCCCUACUCUCAUCAAAUGAUGCACUUUGUUGGUGAAAUAUUGUGAUAAGAUGACUGUAUGCCGUCAGUGUUAUAUUUAGACUUGUUCUGUGGCUUAAAACCUGGUUUAAAAGAAUUUUCCACACAAAAUGAUUUUUUAUGUGGUUGUCCGGAGCUCAAAGAAGUCAUUGUAAGAUACAGUCACAAGUGUAUAUUCGAUAUAUCAAUCAUUAUGCAUACAUGUGGUACAUUGUUAUACUAAUCAGGAGUGGUUGCAACUUUUUGGUGGCAGGGCAUCGUAUUCAAAGGGGGUUGUAGGCAGACACUUGGGGACCAAUUGGUGGUCUUCAGGUAAGUGAUAUGCAUCGGUUAUGAAACUCAGUCUGGUGACUUGACAACAAGCGCGAACAGUGCUGAUAUAUUGUGAGAUAGUAGCAGAGAUUGUGCAGACACCUUUUGGUGUUGUUCUAAAUCUGUCUCCUGCAUGUAGUCUUCCUCAAAGGGAUGACAUUCCUAAAAGUCGUCCUGCCCCCUAAAAUGCAAUGGCUCCUGAUUGAAUGCAGUGAUAAUGUUGGGUAGAAAUUCAAGGAGGGUCUUGUAUGAGCUGGGGAAUGUUCCAAACGUAAAAUAAAUUUGACACAGAAGACGUGGACAGUCUUACCUACAUGACCCUUUGUAUACAAAAACUCCUCUUGUCUUUUGCUCCAGAUGCGUACACCACCUAAUACUUGCUGAUGUGUCUUUGCAUUUCACUGCAAUACCAACUGCUGGGAUACAUUUCCAGUUGUUGAAUUUCUACCCAAGAGACAUUACUACUCAUGAGGUUGUAUACUAAUUCUUAUCAAGCUUGUCGCUAUUUAGAGCUUUGCUAAAGAUCAUAUUCGGCUAGAUAUGGUAAUGGUGCAUGCUCCAUUAUCACUGUGCCUAAUUGAUACAACAGUAUUGCGUUGGGGAAUAGAUUUGCAGUAACAAUAGACGAGCCCGAUCUUUUGUGUCAGGUGAAAUUGAGAGUGUUAGCUAUGAAGCAAAGAGUGCAUUUCACCCCUCUGAGGCUAAGUAUCUGUAGGCUGUUCUGUUGUGAGCUUGUUGACUUGUGGGGUUGUAUCCAUAGUCACCAUAGCAUGUUCCCUGGUACAACCAAGGGUUUAUUUUGUAUGUGGGGCGUCACAGGCGAACACGGAAGAAGGGAAAACACCACAAGCGAACAGUCUCUUGAUAUGCCGCCUCAAAUUUGUUCCAGUGAAGAUUCAAGUGAGGAGUCUGUUGUGGCAUGUAACCAAUGUAUUCAUUCGAUUAGGCACCGUUAUAAUGAUAGUAGGGCUUGGUCACCCACAAAAGUCUAGUUCUUGCUCACUGUCUUGCCUCUCACAGUCGACUUUGAGGCAGACAGACAGUAUGAUCUACAAUGCUUGUGAGGUUUUCUCACCACCUUUGGCUCGCAACUCUGUAUCGUGAUCUCCUGUUGGUAGCCCUUUCAUCGAAUGUGACUGACAAUGUAUUAUCAUGAUAAAUAAAACUGUUA